ACAGCCAAAGGCUGUAAAGUUGUGAGAUUGGCUCAUAAUAAUCUACCAGACGCUUCCUGCACCCGGAUGGCAUCUAGAAUAAGCAAGAACCAGAAGAUACUUGACCUGUCUCGUAACCGUCUAUCUGAUCCUGACUUCAGGGACUUGGUGGACGCUCUGUCCAGUCCUGACUGCAGGAUAGAGGAAUUACAUUUGGAUAGAAAUGAUCUACAAGACACUUCCUGCAUCCAGUUGGCAUCUGUAAUAAGGAAUAACCCGUCCCUCAAGAAACUUGUCCUGUCUGAUAACAAUCUGUAUGGUCCUCACUUUAUUGACUUGGUGGACGCUCUGUCCAGUCCAGACUGCAGGAUAGAGGAAUUACAUUUGGAUAGAAAUGAUCUGCCUGACACUUCUUGCACCCAAUUGGCAUUUGGAAUAAGGGAAAACCAAUUCCUAAGAAAACUUGUCCUGUCCAGUAACCAUCUGUAUGGACCUCACUUCAUUGACUUGAUGGACGCUCUGGGCAGUCCGGCCUGCAGGAUAGAGGAAUUACAUUUGGAUAGAAAUUAUCUACAAGACACUUCCUGCACCCAGUUGGCACUUGGAAUAAGGGAAAACCAGACCCUGAAGAGACUUGACUUGUCGACUAACAAUCUGUACGGUCCUCACUUCAGUGACUUGAUGGAUGCUCUGUCCAGUCCAGACUGCAGGAUAGAGGAAUUACAUUUGGCUGAGAAUGAUCUACAAGACACUUCCUGCACCCAGUUGGCAUUUGGAAUGAGUGAUAACCAGUCCCUGAAGAUACUUGACUUGUCUUAUAACAAUCUGUCUGGUCCUCACCUCAGUGACUUGAUGGACGCUCUGUCCAGUCCGGCCUGCAGGAUAGAGACAUUAUAUUUGGUUGAGAAUCAUCUAUCAGACUCUUCCUGCACCCAGUUGGCAUUUGGAGUAAGAGAUAACCAGUCCCUGAAGAAGCUUGUCCUGUCUAAUAACCGUCUGUCCGGUCCUCACUUCAGUGACUUGAUGGACGCUCUGUCCAGUCCAGACUGCAGGAUAGAGGAAUUACAUUUGGCCAAUACUGGUCUACAAGACACUUCCUGCGUCCAGUUGGCAUUUGGAAUAAGGGAAAACCAGACCCUGAGGAAGCUUGUCCUGUCUAAUAACCAUCUGUCUGGUCCUCACUUCAGUGACUUGAUGGACGCUCUGUCCAGUCCUGACUGCAGGAUAGAGGAAUUACAUUUGGCCAAUACUGGUCUACAAGACACUUUCUGCGUCCAGUUGGCAUUUGGAAUAAGGGAAAACCAGACCCUGAGGAAGCUUGUCCUGUCUAAUAACCGUCUGUCCGGUCCUCACUUCAGUGACUUGGUGGACGCUCUGUCCAGUCCUGACUGCAGGAUAGAGGAAUUACACUUGGAGUAUAAUGAAUUGUCCGAAAACGAGAAAGAAGCCUUAAAAGAGCUGGAAAUACACAAACUAAACCUGAGGAUAAUUUACUGAACAGAGAAGAAGCCGGAUUUCUAUUGGCGAUGAGAAAAUAACCGGACCUGUAAUGUAGAACAAAGCUUCGUUUGAACCAGGAUUCGUGGCGCUGAUUAGGACACAGGACUCACAGGAUCUGGAUAACAUCCGUCAGACUUUAUUACCAAUAAUGCAACGCGUUUCGCUGUGCAUGUGCAGCUUCUUCAGG